AUGGCCGAAGCGGAUUCCUUCCACGCCCUCGCUGGCAUUAUAUCAAACCUCGCCAAACAAUAUACCCCUACCGACGACGACUUUGGGAGCCGUGUCGCGACAAACAGCAUCGACCUGAACCGCAUUCCUUUGCCUGGUCCCGACUCUGAUGCCAAACAAAAACUCGAGAGAGAGGUCGCUGCUCUCGCCAGCCGUGUACAAUACCUCGAGAAUCGUGUCGCUUCCUCGGCCUCGACCGUCUUUCCCAUCACCCCGAACGAGCCCCUCCAAUCUGCUUUCUCUCCUGAGAGCUCGCCUACCGCUGCCCGUGUCCUAGCCUCACGGCCUCGCUCUGCAUCGCUAGUCAACAGCCUUUUGGCCAAGUCAGAAAGCCCCAAGGGCACUGCUGUACCGCGUCAGCUGACUGAAGAGGAGCUCGGAGUUCUUCGCGAUCAUGUCGACCGCCAAAGCGAGCAGAUCAAGGCUCAGAAAGAAUACAUUGAUAGCAUCAACGACACCCUGCAGCAACAACGUCAAGCCACCGAGCAAGCCCUUGGCGGCAUUGAGAGCUCCAUGGACGACGUCGAGACUCUCAAGCGUGAAUUGUCAAAGAACCAACAAAUAAAUGCCACCUACCAGAAAGUUCUCCGCGAAAUCGGCAGCAUCGUUACUGCUGUUGCCAAUGGUGAUCUCAGCAAGAAAGUUCUCAUCAGCGCCAAAGAGCGUGACCCUGAAAUCGCUACCUUCAAACGUACAAUUAACAAAAUGGUCGACCAACUCCAAGAUUUCGCCAGUCAGGUCACACACCUCGCCCGUGAGGUCGGUACCGAGGGAAGACUCGGAGGCCAGGCUGUAUUGCCUGGUGUCAGUGGUAUCUGGGCCGAGCUCACUCAAAAUGUCAACAUCAUGGCCGAAAACCUCACCAACCAAGUUCGAGAAAUCGCCGUCGUCACCACCGCAGUCGCCCAAGGUGAUCUCAGUCGCAAGAUCCAGCGUCCCGCUCGUGGAGAAAUACUGCAACUCCAGCAGACUAUUAAUGGUAUGGUCGACCAAUUGCGUACCUUUGCAACAGAAGUCACUCGCGUAUCUCGCGAUGUCGGCACCGAGGGUGUACUCGGCGGUCAGGCUCAAAUCGAGGGUGUCCAGGGCAUGUGGAAUGACUUGACUGUCAAUGUCAACGCAAUGGCAAAUAACCUGACCACUCAAGUACGAGAUAUUGCCGAAGUCACUACCGCCGUCGCACGGGGUGAUCUCACGCAAAAAGUCAAGGCUGAGUGUAAGGGUGAAAUUCUCGAGCUCAAAUCAACCAUCAACUCCAUGGUCGACCAGCUCAGACAAUUCGCUCAUGAAGUUACCAAAAUCGCCAGAGAAGUCGGAACAGAAGGAAGACUUGGCGGACAAGCCACUGUACACGGUGUUGAAGGUACAUGGAAAGACCUUACUGAGAAUGUCAACGGCAUGGCCAACAAUCUCACCACUCAAGUGCGUGAAAUUGCCCACGUCACAAAAGCGGUCGCCAGAGGUGAUCUCAGCAAGAAGGUCGGAGCCGAAGUCAAGGGCGAAAUUCUGGAGCUCAAGGUUACCAUCAACACCAUGGUUGAUCGUCUGAGUACCUUCGCUUUCGAAGUCAGCAAAGUUGCAAGAGAGGUCGGCACUGAGGGUGUCCUCGGAGGGCAAGCCGAGGUCGAGAACGUCGAAGGCAAAUGGAAAGAUUUGACCGACAACGUCAACACCAUGGCCAACAAUUUGACCAAUCAGGUCCGUAACAUUUCCGACGUUACGCAGGCUAUUGCUCGUGGAGACAUGACCCAAGUCAUCAAGGUCCAUGCUCAGGGAGAAAUCCUGCUCCUGAAGAACACCAUUAACGACAUGGUUGCUCGACUCGACAACUGGUCACUCGCAGUCAAGCGUGUCGCUCGUGAUGUCGGUGUUGACGGCAAAAUGGGCGGCCAGGCAGAAGUCGAUGGUAUUUCCGGUCGCUGGAAGGAGAUUACUUCCGACGUUAAUACCAUGGCCCAAAAUUUGACUUCUCAAGUCCGAGCCUUCGGUGACAUUACAAACGCUGCUAUGGACGGCGAUUUCACAAAAAUGAUCACCGUUGAGGCUUCCGGCGAGAUGAACGAGCUCAAGCAGAAGAUCAACAAGAUGGUUACUGGUCUUCGUGAGAGUAUCCAGAAGAACACCGCUGCUAGAGAAGCAGCCGAACUGGCCAACAAGACCAAGUCAGAGUUCCUUGCCAAUAUGAGUCACGAGAUCAGAACACCCAUGAACGGUAUCAUUGGUAUGACUCAACUCACUCUUGACACCGACUUGAAUCAAAACCAACGCGAGAUGCUUAAUUUGGUAUUCAACCUGGCUAACAGUCUGUUGACAAUCAUUGACGAUAUUCUCGACAUUUCCAAGAUUGAAGCCAACCGCAUGGUUGUCGAGGAGAUUCCAUUCUCGCUUCGCGGUCAAGUCUUCAACGGCCUCAAGGGCCUGGCAGUCAAGGCCAACGAGAAGCGCUUGGAUCUUGCCUACUACGUCGACAGUUCAGUACCUGACUACGUUAUUGGAGAUUCGUUCAGACUUCGUCAAAUCAUUCUGAACCUUGUAGGCAAUGCAAUCAAGUUCACAGACAAGGGAGAAGUCAGAAUCUCCAUCUCCGCACCAGAUCAAGCGGGAUGUGAAGAAGGCGAAUAUGCAGUCCAGUUUGCUGUUUCUGACACCGGUAUCGGCAUACCGAGCAACAAGCUCGAUCUUAUCUUCGACACCUUCCAACAGGCCGAUGGCUCGACAACUCGUCGCUUCGGAGGUACUGGUCUUGGUCUGUCCAUCUCUCGAAGACUCGUUUCGCUCAUGCAAGGAAGGAUGUGGGUUGAGUCCGACUUUGGUCAGGGCAGUUGUUUCUACUUCACCGUCAAGUUCAAGGUCGGCGACCCCGAUGUUAAGGCCAUCGACAAGCAACUUAGAGCUUAUCGCAAGCACAACGUCCUCUUCAUCGACAGUGGCAAGACUGGCUGCUCUGAAGAAAUCGCUCAACACCUGCGCAACCUUCAGCUGGUUCCCAUGGUUGUCCACAACGAGAGCGAAGUGCCUUCUCCUCAAGCUGCUAGCGCCGCCGGAAAAGCUUAUGAUUGCGUUCUGGUCGAUUGCAGAGAGACGGCUCGCAAGCUUCGCAAUGUUGAGGACUUUAAGUACAUCCCCAUCGUUAUGCUUGCGCCCGUCAUUAGCAUGAGUUUCAAGUCGGCACUGGAAGAUGGCAUUGCAAGUUAUAUGACAACACCCUGUCUGUCCAUCGACCUUGGUAACGCACUCAUUCCUGCAUUGGAGGGACGCGCUGCACCAACAUCUGCCGAUCCUUCUAUGAAGUUCGAUAUUCUGCUUGCUGAAGACAAUGCAGUCAACCAGAGGCUGGCUGUCAGAAUUUUGCAGAAGCACCACCACACCGUCACCGUAGCGAACAACGGUUUGGAAGCAUUCGAAGCUAUCAAGAAGAAGCGUUACGACGUGGUCCUCAUGGAUGUGCAGAUGCCUAUCAUGGGAGGUUUCGAAGCAACCGCCAACAUUCGUCAAUAUGAGCGCGAGAACCAGCUCACUCGUUCGCCCAUCAUCGCUCUCACUGCUCACGCCAUGUUGGGUGACCGCGAGAAGUGUAUUCAGGCCCAGAUGGAUGAGUACCUCUCCAAGCCACUCAAGCCCAACCAACUCAUUCAGACAUUACUCAAGUGUGCGACUAUGGGUGGAGCACUGUUGGAGCGCAACAAGGACCAACGAAUGUCUCUCACACAAGGCGAUGACAAGCAAGCAGAUAGUACGAGCAGCAGCAAAGUCAGCACACCCAGGAGACCAAUCUUGGAUAUCCGAGGAUACACUGACUCGCCGACAAACCCGACUAAGAGUCCUUCGAUUGUGACGGCAGACGUCAGUGAUCCUAUUGAGCGGGAGAUGCUCAUGAGAUCCAACAGCUCGUAG